AUGAUCAACGAAGAAGAAGAGCCUAAAAAGGUCCAAUACCCAUUGGACUCAAACUCCUACAACAUUCUUCAUGAAGUUGGUUUUGGUGAUGGCGCUGUUGUUUACAAAGCCGUAUGCGUGCCCCUGGACUCCAUGGUGGUGGCAAUCAAAGCCAUCCAUCUUGAUCAAUCCCGGGCGGAUAUAGAAAUUGUUAGACGCCAAGCCAAGACCAUGUCGCUUCUCUCCCACCCAAACAUCCUCACCGCUCACUGCUCCUUCACAGUUGCUGAUCGCCUUUGGGUGGUCAUGCCAUUCAUGUCCGCCGGCUCUUUACAAUCCAUAAUGUCUUCUUCUUUCCCAGACGGCUUAUCCGAGCCAUGCAUCGCCAUACUUCUCAAAGAAACUCUAAGCGCUUUGUCCUAUCUUCACAACCAAGGAUACCUUCACAAAGGCAUCAAGGCCGGUAACAUCCUCAUUGACUCAAACGGGUCCGUGAAGCUUGCAGACUUUGGAAUGACCCCAUCGCCCGUUGUUGCGGGCACGCCUUAUUGGAUGAUCCCGGAGCCGGAGGUAAUAAACUCGGAAAAGGCUGAUAUAUGGUCCUUUGGAAUCACUGCAUUAGAAUUGGCUCACGGACGCCCCCCUUUGUCAAAUGAGCCCAAGAAUGAAAAGCACAAGAAGUUCUCCAAGGCUUUCAAAGACAUGGUGGCUUCUUGUCUCCAUCAAGACCCAUCACAGAGGCCCACGGCAGAGGCAUUGUCAAAGCAUUUGUUCUUCAAGAAUUGCAUGGAUUCGGAUUUUCUUGUAAAGAAUAUCUUGCAGGAGUUGCCUAGUGUUGAAGAAAGGUUCAAGAAGGGUGGUGACUCAGCGAGGCAGAGUGUACAAAAGAGAAGGAGGAUCACUUGGUGGAGCUUCAACGAGGACGGGUUUGAACUCGACCCAGUCUUCCCAACAGAGUCCAGUGCUGCUGACGAUUCAGUUGUGAAACAAGUUCGGUUUGGCGGUGAAGCUAUAAUAAUGGAAGACAAGGAAGGUGAGUCGGGUGGGUCAUCAGGCGAGUUAAUCAUUCCGAGUUCAACGGGUCAAGUUGUGGAAGAGGCGGCCGUAGUGGGUUGUCACAGUGAGGCUGAGAACAGAAGAAGUGGUGGUGAGGAUGUGGUAGUACUGGAGGGUCUGGAGGCGUUGAAGAGGAGCUUGGAUGAGCAAAGGGCAGUGGUGAGCAGUGUGAUUUGUCAGUUACGUGGGGAGGAAGGUGGGGAGGUGAUCAUGGAGGAGGAGCAGAUGGCUCAGGUUAUAGAGAGUCUGUGGAUUGACUUGGAGAAGGAGAAAGAGAGGAGCUUCGCGUUGGAAAUAGAGCUGGAAAUUCUCAAGGUUCAAACGUCUGGUGCUGCUGAUUGA